UUGAUAGGAUUACUGUACAAAAUUAUCUUCCAGCGUUCCAGCUUGAUUAUUUUUCUCAUUUCUCUGACUGACCUCGACACGUUUGCUGCCAGUAAUUGUGGAGUGCGAAUAAAAAUAGUUACCAUUACCGUAGUGAAAUGAGAAUGAAGAGUGUUAUCGUCCUGGUGUGUAGUUUGAUAGCCGUGACAAAAUGUCAGAGUUCGAGAACACUCAGACCUGAGCAGCCGUUUAACGAGGUCGCUGCCAAUUCACUCAAUUCAAACCCGUUCGAUCUAUUCACACAUGCUCCCCGGAAGAAGCCAUUCUACAUCGUUGCUAAUCUACCGUAUUUGAUAAAGCGAGGUGAAGUAGUCCGGAUACAGCUACAGUUAUUCAGCGUCCUGAACUCGGACAUAUUGACAAACGUCACUAUGUUUAUCAAAAACGAUGAGAUUGAGCUCGUGGAUCGACUUUCGAAUAACACACAUUUUCGCACGAAGACCAUCAUAGUACCGCACAACCAGGUAAAAUCCAUUUCAUUUUUGAUAAAAGCCAAAAAGUUGGGAGAAAUCUCGAUCAAGAUCGAAGCCGUCAACCAAUUGGAGUCAGAUGAGCUUGAGCAUAUGCUUCGUGUCAUUCCGGAAGGCCGGUUGUAUCAUUACACGGGGAUAAGAUUCAUUGAUCUCCCUACUAUAAGCACGAUGUUUUUUUCUAUCAAGUGCGACAUUCCACGGGAUGCUGAUCCAGGACCGACUGAAAUCGAUGUUUUUGUAGACCCUAUACUUAUGGGAUUUUUAGAACAACAUACAGAUUCAUUGUUGAAGAUUCCCACCGGUGCUUCCAAAUCAAACCUACUGACUUUUGUUCCCAAUAUUGUCUUGUUGGAAUAUCUCAAAGAAACCGGUAAGGUUACACCUAGUGUUGAACAAGCUAGAAAUUAUGUUUCCAGUGGAUAUAAAAACCAGUUAAAAUACAAACACUCAAACGGGGCGUUUGGUCAAUGGAACCCACCACGAGGGAAUCCAAGCGUAUUUCUGACAGCAUUGGUGGCCAAUGCUCUUGCCAUCGCAUCCAAACACAUCGACAUCGAUAAAAAAAUCGUCGAGCAAGCCUACUCAUGGAUAUCCGGAAAACAGAAACCAAACGGAUGCUUCGAAGACGACGGUGAAGUUAUCUACACACCUUUGCAGAACAACUCGUCAUCCUUUGCACUCACGGCGUUCAUAGUGUCUGCGAUCAUGGAAAACGAAAAUAUCGCCAGUCAGUUUGCUGCAGUCGUACAGAAAGCGACAAACUGUUUAGCCGGAAACUUUGAUUCCCUCAACAACAUGCAUGAUAUUGCUUUGGCAACCUACGCUCUAGCAUUGGUUCGACAUAAAAAACGACAGACCUAUCUCGAUAGACUUCUUACAGAUUCCAUAUUCAAGAGAGGCAGUACGUUCGGGGUACGAUACUGGGACGAAGAGCUGAAUGUUGAAAUUGCUGCAUACGCACUUCUGGCUUCACUGCAAAUUGAAGAUCGCAUCGCGGCCAUACCCAUCAUAACAUGGUUGAAUAAGCAAAGAUAUUCCACAGGAGAUUUUUCUGGAGUUCAAAGGACUUUUGUCGCGCUUAAAGCACUUGGAAGAACGGCUACUUAUUUCAACCAGACAAAAAAUGCCUACAAGGUCCGUAUCUCAUAUGAUACACUCCACACACAAGUCGAUGUACAAAGUAUGGGCAGACUGAAGACAUUUCAUCACAAACUUCCUGGUAGUGUGCGUGCUUUUAAUAUUCGAUUUGAUGGCAUUGGUUUGGGUGUUUUACAAUGGGCAUACCAGUAUCAUAGAAACAUACAAACAGCCCAACGAGGCUUUUAUCUCAACGUAACUGUUCUCGAUACCAGCAAUUACAAUGUCCAAGAGUUGCGAAUAUGCUUAAGCUACGUGCCGAUGGAAUCGUUUGUUGAAUCCGUAGAUGCUUUGGUUGAAGUAUAUCUUCCGAGUGGGCUGAUUGUCGAUGAAUUUGCUGUUCGCGACAUUAGCCGGCAAAUACAGAAAACUGAACGUGUUUCUGACAACACUGCCAUGUUUGUGUACUACAACAGAUUGGGCACAAAUACGGUUUGCUUCGAAAUUACUGCAUAUCGAAUGUUCCAGAUUGCAAUGCAUCGACCGUCUUAUGUUGCAGUGCAUGACACCCAUGAUAAGACCCUAUAUGCUUUUGAAACCUACGAAGGCAAAGUCCUGCCGGUAUGCGAAAUUUAUGACGAUGAGGAUCGCAAAUCGUUGAACUGUUAGCCAUCGGAGUAGACCUGUGCGCUUGUAUAACAAGCCGCCGAUUUUAAAAUAUCACGUGACAUAAUAACUCAGCAAACAAAUAAAUAAUUAG